UGAAAGCGGAAGUUGUUGGUAGUGCGCAGUGGAUGAAUGGGGUGGCUGUACAUAGUGCGCUUCACUAGUUUGCACAGAGACGCAUAGCGUUAUCUGCAAUACACUAUGAAGCGACCGGAAAGGUUUUAUUCACCUCAACUUUAAAUUUAUACACAUCAUUGCGUGUAAUAUAUUCAAAUGCGUUAGUUGAACUCUGUUGUAACCAGACAUUCAUAUAUAUACUGCAACUGAACCAAUUAAAAUCAAGAUAUCUGAUCUAAUUGCCACUGGAUGCACUGGCUGUGUUUUGGAAUAUGCAAAAUCAUCUCUUAUUUUUCCAAGCCAAGCUGUUGUCAUGAUGCAUUCACAUGGGUUGUGUCCAUGAUCCGCGGUUUCCUCGUCCUCCAUCAGUGUUGAUUUCAGCAUCAGCAGCAGGUCAUCAUGAGAAUGAGACUGAGGCUGAAGACUGUGUUUGUCCUGUACUUCAUGGUGUCACUACUAGGACUCAUCUAUGCGCUGAUGCAGUUGGGUCAGCGCUGUGACUGCAGAGGUCAUGCCAUGUCUAAAGAUCAGCAGAUCUCUCAGCUGAGAGGAGAGCUGCAGAAGCUGCAGGAACACAUCAAAACAGAGCUGUCUAAGAAGACUGAUGUGCCCAAAAUUUAUGUGAUAACGCCCACAUAUGCAAGACUGGUGCAGAAGGCUGAGCUCACUCGUUUGUCUCACACCUUCCUCCAUGUUCCUCAGCUGCACUGGAUCGUGGUGGAGGACGCUCCUCAGCCAACUCCGCUCGUCACAGAUUUCCUGGCUGCAUCUGGCUUGACCUACGCCCAUCUACACAAGCUGACCCCCAAAGAUAGGAAGCUGCAGGAGGGUGAUCCCAGCUGGCUGAAGCCCCGGGGUGCUGAGCAGAGGAACGAGGGUCUGCGCUGGCUCAGGGAGAUGGGCGCUGCUGCUGAGGGAAAGGAAGCGGCUGCCCUCGAGGAGGCUGUGGUGUACUUUGCUGAUGAUGACAAUACAUAUAGCCUGCAGCUUUUUGAAGAGAUGCGGUACACAUACCGUGUCUCUGUGUGGCCUGUGGGUCUGGUGGGCGGGAUGAAGUUUGAGCGGCCCGUGGUGGAGGAUGGGAAGGUUGUGCGUUUCCACACUGGUUGGCAUCCCAACCGCCCGUUCCCCAUCGACAUGGCUGGUUUUGCAGUGUCCCUGAGGUUGAUACUGACCAAUCCCCAAGCACGAUUUGACGGUGAUGCUCAGAUGGGCUUCCUGGAAAGUAGCUUCCUUCAGCACCUGGUUACUAUGGACGACUUUGAACCCAAAGCAGACCUGUGCACUAAGGUGCUGGUGUGGCACACCCGAACUGAGAAGCCAAAGAUGAAGAGGGAAGAUGCUUUGCAGAAGCAAGGGUUGGGUUCAGAUCCGGACGUGGAGGUGUGAGCACCACCUCCUCAGAACAUGCCUGAACUUCACCAAACAUCCACACUUCCAUUGGCCAAACAGAUUCUCUCAUUUAUAUGGCAAGAGGUGAAACAAACGACACUCUGAAAGUGUGAUUUCUGGGCCACACACCAAAGACAUGAGGAAUGAGGAAAGGAAGUGAUGAAUGCAGGGAUAAAAAGUGCAAGAGACAGAAGCAAAGGAACCUGCAGCCUAAAAGAAAAUGGAUUUCUAUAAAUCAUCAUGCAUCCCAUAAACCAUCCUUAUCAUUGGUACACUUGAACAGUAUUUAAAGAGAAUUUUACAUAUGGUAUCAAUCAGUAAGAUGUAUUUAUAGAUAUAUAUUUAUUUAUAUGUAUAUAUAGAUUAGAAACGUAAUUGUAUAGUGUGAGGUUUGCUUGGAAUAUACUUAUAACUCAUUAUGUCUAUGCUGUCCAUGUCUCUGUUACCUUCAGUCUGGUGUACUUGUCUUAUGUCUUCACAUAAAAUUUUGAAGUCUUAAGACAUUUUCUUCACUGAUAAACGGAGGAUAUAAAUAGGUCAGAUAUGGUGUCUAUUUAUGCCAUUAACAAUCUUUGUUGAAUCACAAUGGUGUGCUUAUCUUUAAUCCAGUGGCAUGUUGUGUACGUGGCACUGGUAAAGCUUCAGGUGACAGAGUGUAAAGUACAGAUUAUGUUACUUGAACCUUUGAAGCAAAGGGUGAAAACGUAUAGAAUUCUUUUGCACAUCAUCAUACUGGUGGUGAUGUAGAAAUGUAGAUAGCACAAGAACGUAGCGGACAAGUUCGGUUUUUAUCACAGUUUGUCAGAUUCCAUGUGCUGGGAAAGUUUUCUAUUUUAUUGCUUUAGAAAUCUACAUGUUUUACUGAAUCCAAAUGUUAAGAACAUAAGGAUGUAAAGAUAUCGAGCAGGAAGCGUUGGCUCUGUGCCAGUUCAAGUGAAGUGAAGUGGCCACAACUCACAAGUUGUUUAUGUAAAGUGCAAAAGUCAGGUCAGAAUGUCAGAAAAUGUAGAUUUUUUUAACAAUAACUUGUAAAUUAUUAAAGGCAGAUGAGGUUGUUAAUCUAAGUUUUUAUAUGGUUUUGUUGAAGCCAUCAGCAUUAUUUCUACUUAUUUUUUUAAAUAAUCAUG